CAGGUUCAAAUAAUAAUAAACGAGUUUCUUAAAACUUGAAAUACGGGUAUCCAGUCACUUGAUGGUAUCUUUCAGGAAGUAACAAUUUGUAUCAAUUGUUAAAGUAGUUCCAAAUCGAAAUUUCGAAGCGCGUUUAAUUUUUCUUUUCCUUUGGAAAUUUAUUUAUAUAAUGGCUACCACAAGCGUGGACAAUCGCGAUUUCUCACUUGUUUACAAAGCUUUCCAUCUGAGAGAAAGUGCUCCAAAUGGAAUGAUUUGCCUUUGCGGGCUUGAAAAAGAAGAUACUGUUUUUUCUAAAGAUGAGGAAGGAGAUAUUGAAAAAAAUAUUGAUAAUGCUAAAUUUAUGGGAUCUUUCGCCAGUCUUUCUUAAGAAUGAUUCUUUUCAAAUAGAAAAUAUAAUGGUACCAACAUGUGAUGAUGAUAUUUCAUCAAUUGACAAGUUGAAAAAGGUUUUUCGUGAUAUGUCAUCUUACAAGAGAUUGGUGUGGUGUGGCAACCUUCUGAUUGAAUUCCACGAAGAAAACCAAUGCUGUCGGUAUUUAACGUCUGCUCUGAAGUUCUAUGUAAAAGCGAUUGAAUACGUGAGAAGCGUUCUCCUUCGCUAUAUCCUUCCUGUUAAUACGAAAAUUAAAGAACUUUUAAGGCUUUCAUCUAAAUUUUGCGUUCACCAGAGUGUAUUUCUCGAACUCUUGAGAUUGUUUAUUAUAAAUAGAUUUUAUUAUUGGCGAGACUCUGUGACUAUCGAUGAUUUUUUAUUGUUAGAAGAUAUAUUUAGAGCAACAAACGAACUUAAAAUAGAUAUAUUUGCAUUAUGGAAAAAAGUAGACAGCAGAUAUCACGAUUUAUUUACUGAGUGUGUAUAUGAUAACGUUGAAAUUUUUUUUCCAUUAAUCAAAUUUGGAAAGACAGAGUGCAUAUCAAUAGAGAGAGGUAAAUAUUUGCUGGCAUCAUUGAACUUUUGGUGUGUGUCAAUAACAGUGAACAGUGACUAUAGAUACAACUCCACAACAUUCCGCGGUCUGCAAACUCUGCGUUUGUUUUUUCUAGCAAAGUCCAAACACAUUAAAUCGCCUACAGGAUCCUAUGCACUGAAGUUAUUGUGGAAUAGUAUAACAGAACCCUUCCUGUGUCAGGAGGUGUUUAAAAAGAGUGUCAUAGCAAUCAAGCAUGAUCUAAAUGUCUUAACUGCAGCAUGGGAUUGGUAUGUAAGUCAUGUGUUGGAAAACGACGUCUCACCCAGAGGACCAAGAUCUCUGGCCCAUCUUUCAAGGUGUUCCGUUCGUCGGCAACUGGCGACAUGCCUUCAGCUUCCGCGUGGUGUUGACCAGCUCGGUGUUCCAAAGAUUCUAAAAGAUUAUAUUCUUUUGGAACAUGGAAAGCUUUUUAUUUGUGCAUAACUGAAAAUGCUGUAUAAUUUCGAUGAAUAAAUUUCACUAUAAUAAAUAAA